ACUGUUGCGGCUACUGAAGCUGGCAACAUCGGUGCAAGAGGAGGAGCGCGGGGAGCAGCGACACCACGUAUAAAUGCGUCAUCUUCGGUUGUCCGGACCCUCUUACCCUCUUACCUUUCGGACGCACGAUCUUAUCAUACAUAUUUCUCAUACAACCAUUGUAAACCAGACAUUAAAUUAUUCCAUACCAUAAAAUACAGUCCACUCAUUUAUUAGCUUAGGGCUUAUCCUAUCAUCAUCAUAGUCAGGACCCUAGGCCCAGUCAGUUUGGUCCUUUCGCCGUCUUUACGAAGAAUCGACGCACGCGCACGCAGUGGACUUCGGACCCCCAGUUCGCCGGCAUUUUGGAGGACACGUGGAGGACUAAGGACACUGACAAAAGGAUGUGAAAUCGAGUUGCUGUCGGACAACGUGGACGAGGCUUAUGCGGACCGCGAUCAGUUCGAGUCCAAGUUGUUCCGCCUGCUGUCCGUGGCUCACGGGCUGCUCGCGGCGGCGGCGCGCUACCCGGCGGCCGGGGCUCCCGGGGGAGACGGGACGAGCGACGCUGCCGAGGAAUGCCGUGGAGGAGGUUUCGUCAGGCUGCCCAAAAUUGACCUUCCUCACUUCGAUGGCGAUUAUCAGCACUGGCUUUCAUUCAGAGAUACGUAUAUUUCACUUAUACACGACAACACCAGCAUUAAUAACGUAAAUAAAUUUCAUUAUUUACGUGCUGCACUUACAGGCAGCGCGUCUUUGAUCAUUCAAAGCUUGGAUCUAACCUCUGAAAAUUAUUCUAUUGCUUGGCAAUUACUUUCUGAUAGGUACGACAAUCCGAGAUUGCUUAUCAACAAUCACAUUAGUGCCUUAUUUUCUGUGGACCCCAUUCAAAGGGAGUCUAGCUCAGCAUUACGUAACAUUGUUGACGUAACUAACAAAAACUUACGUGCCCUCGCCUCUUUAGGCGAACCAACCGAUCAUUGGGACAGUUUAAUUGUUUUUCUUAUGUCCAAAAAGCUAGACUCGUCCUCUUACAGACAAUGGGAAGAACAUAGAAACAAUCUUGAUUCUUCGCCCACAUUACAGCAAUUUAUUAAAUUCUUAAUUAACAGAGCGGAUCUCUUAGAAACCUUAACUGAUACAUUAAAAUAUAAACAAAAUAACAAACCUAAUAAUAACAAUGACGCAUUCAAAACAAAAAACUUUUUAGUGUCCACUGAUAACACUAGAGCCUAUUCAUGCCCAAUGUGCUCACAAUCUCACGGCUUAUUUAAUUGCCCAUCAUUCAAAGCUUUGGACAUUGAUUCACGCAUUAAAAAAGCAAAAGAAAGUCGUGUUUGCAUGAAUUGUUUACGAUUAGGUCAUGUAGAAAACGCUUGUACGUUGACACAUUGUAAGUACUGUAAGUACAGACACAACACAUUGUUACAUAAAGACGUAAAAAAAAACACAUACACCAACAAGUCUGCUUCAGUACCUACAACCAGUGGUUUAGCGAACAAUGUAGCCCUUUCGUCGGACAUUUCACCAAGUACAUUAAAUAACCAUGGCUCUGUACUGCUUUCCACAGCGCUCGUGAAGGUGGCAGACAAGCACGGGAGCCUGCACACAGCGCGGCUGCUCCUCGAUAACGGCAGCACUUCUAAUUUCGUCACCGAGUCCCUCUGCGAGAAACUUGAUCUGAAGAGGUAUAACGCGAGCUCCACAGUGUCAGGUAUAAAUAAUCAUGCGACCUCCACUACAGAGUCUUGUGACCUUGCUAUACAGUCUUACACCGGUGAUUAUAGGACUAACGUGCGCUGUCAUGUGUUGCCCCACAUUACUAAAUGUCUGCCCUCGUCUUAUAUAGAUACAACAAACAUACCUAUACCUACCGGAAUACUACUGGCUGAUCCUUCCUUCAAUGAGCCUGCGGCCAUAGAUAUUCUCGUAGGUGCUGAAUUCUUUUGGGACGUAUUAGGUACAAAAACCAUAGACUUAGGUAAACGUCAACCUAAGUUACAUCAUUCUAAAUUAGGCUGGCUCUUAUCCGGGUGUGUUUAUAAUAAUAAUAUUCCCCAUAGCCAAUCUUAUCUUUGCCAUUUCACCGACACAUCACGCACUGAACCCAGUCUUACGCGUUUUUGGGAACUUGAUUCAGUGUCUUCUAAACAUUGCUUAUCUUUUGAAGAAAACAAAUGCGAGGAACAUUUUAAAAAUAAAACUUGUCGUGACGUUGAUGGUAGGUUUAUUGUUACCAUGCCGCUGAAGGAAUCUCCUGAAGUCUUAGGCAAUUCUUACACAAUAGCCAAGCGUCGUCUCUUAUCUUUAGAACGCAAAUUAGACAAAGACCAUAUCUUAAACAUAGAUACCAUGAAUUUACGCGAGAAUAUCUUGACUUAGGACACAUGACUGAGAAUAAUAAUACUUAUGUACCUUAUGAAAUUAAUUAUUCCUAAUGGAACUCUUAUUCAGAUAACCUAUACUUUGCGAUAAACAUAAAAGCUGGUAAUAAAAUUACUAAGCGGACCAUACUUUCAUUGAUAAGUCAAGUUUUUGAUCCCUUAGGUUUAGUAGGCCCUUGUACAGUCGAAACUAAAAUUCUCAUACAAAAACUUUGGAUCAACAAAUAUGAGUGGGAUCAGGAAGUUCCACAACAUAUAAAAACAUUAUUUCACGAAAUCAUUAACUCCUUACAUAAC